UCAGUUGAUGAGUGUCUGCCGAUUGGAUUUGAGGGAAAAGUUGAAUUUAUUUUUUUAAAUUUAAUUUUAAUUUUUUUGGUAAAAAUGAAAUUUUUGAUGAUUUUUUCGGCACUGCUGUCUAUGGCUUUUGGGGCUACUAUCUUGAAUAUAAUUCUCUCAAAUCAACUUGAAGUUCCCCGAUCCGUUUGUGUGGGCCAACCAACAGGCACAACAUUCCCAAUAGCAUUAGAAUGCAACAUGUUCAUCAUGUGCAAGAACAAUGAAGCAGUCAUUGGACAAUGUAGAUUCUCGGAGCCAUACUUCCAUCCAUGUGAAUUCAGAUGCACAGCUGAUCCAAAUGUUUGCUCAAAAGCUUGCAUAAACUUGCCAUAAUUUUAAUUAGACUGUAAAUUUAUUUUAAGUUAUUUUAAGGAAAUAAAUAUUUUUGAGAUUA